AUGCAGGUUUUAGAAGGCUGGAGGCCCGGCGCAAUUUCAAAACGUCUUAUGAAGAAGCUAUAUGAAGCAAAGCGAAAAAAAUCCGUUGUGGAGGAAAUAAAACAAAUAAAAAAGGCUAAGAAACGAAUCGAAAACAAACCGACAUUGAUGAUAAGUAAAAGAGACGGGGAAUAUAGGGUUGAGAUCCAAACGACACCUGCAUUUAACGUAUUAAGCCGUGAAGAAUACUCUCCCUUGAUAUAUAGAAUAGCCAAAGCUGAUAAUGAAGACAGAAUUAAAAAGAAGAAUAGAAUAAAAAGACGACUUGUAAGAAGAGCAACAAACGAUAUCUGGAUUGACAACAACAAUACAAAGGACUGUGAUAACGUUUGUCUGGAAGCUUAUAAACAAGCUGUUGGGCUACCAAACUCUGGUGGUAAAAGUUUUGAGAACCAUUGCAGUGAACUCGAAGCCAUUGAUAUGCCAGAUAGUUGUUUCUGUUCCGAUAAUGACAUCAGUUCAAGCUGUGCUUCAUCUGAAGUAGAUUGGGAGAUUCAUUUUUCUCCACCCUCAGCGUGCCUAACCUAA